AUGAGCAAAAAAAAAAAAAGAAAAAAAAGAUUGGGAUUCUGGCAGAGAAGUCGAGAAUAUAUACUCGGCAGUGGUGGCCAGUGCGCCGCUGCAUUCACUCGCACGGGCCAGGUGAAGUUUUGGGGGGGGGGGCCACCAACCGGGAGAGCAACCAGCAGAGCAACGAAGCAGGCCGGUCCUGGUGAUGAUGGGAGCUCCAAGUGGGCCAAGAUGUUAGUUGGAGAUCAAGCUUCCCGAGCCAUCAAGCCUUGUGGUGGUAGGCAGUGA